GAUGGCGGCGAUACGGACGAUGUGUUAUUGCCAGUGGACGUAAACAGGCAUUUUAAUCCAAAUACAACCCCUAGUCGGAUACAUUUAUCCACUUGACCGUGUUGUGUGGGUGUUUACCUCGCAACCAGUGCCGGCGUCUUUUUUUUUAUUUCACGCGUUUCCACGUUUCUUUCUUACAACAUGUUCACGUUGUAGCUCGCUCGCUAAACGACCGGCUGGCUAACAGAGAGCAGUAGCUAGCUAGCUAACCACAGCCAAGCCGUGAAGUGGAGAAUGGGAGAAAAGCUGGAGCUAAAGCUCAAAUCGCCGGUUGGAGCCGAACCUGCUGGAUAUCCGUGGCCAUUACCAGUAUACGAUAAACACCAUGAUGCUGCUAAUGAAAUCAUCGAGACCAUUCGGUGGGUGUGUGAGGAGAUCCCAGACCUCAAACUCGCCAUGGAAAACUACGUACUCAUUGACUACGACACAAAAUGCUUCGAGAGUAUGCAGAGACUUUGUGACAAGUACAACAGGGCCAUCGACAGCUUCCACCAGCUGUGGAAAGGGACGACCCAGUCCAUGAAGCUGAACAAGCGACCUUCCAACGGGCUGCUGAGACACAUCCUGCAGCAGGUGUACAACCACUCAGUGACCGACCCCGAGAAGCUCAACAACUACGAGCCCUUCUCCCCCGAGGUGUACGGAGAGACCUCCUUCGACCUGGUGGCUCAGAUCAUCGACGAGAUGGAAAUUAUGGAAGACGACACCUUUGUUGACCUCGGCAGUGGAGUGGGGCAGGUAGUGCUCCAAGUUGCAGCAGCAACCAACUGUAAACACUACUUCGGUGUAGAGAAAGCAGACAUUCCAGCUACCUAUGCAGAGAGCAUGGAUAACGAGUUUAAGAAGUGGAUGAGAUGGUACGGAAAGAAACAUGGGGAGUACACACUGGAGAGAGGGGACUUUCUCUCUGAAGAAUGGAAGGAAAGAAUUGCCACCACAAGUAUUAUUUUUGUGAAUAACUUUGCCUUUGGUCCAGAGGUAGAUCACCAGCUGAAGGAGCGUUUUGCUAACAUGAAGGAAGGUGGAAAAAUUGUAUCUUCCAAACCUUUUGCACCUUUAAAUUUCAGAAUAAACAGUCGAAACUUGAGCGAUAUUGGUACGAUAAUGCGCGUGGUGGAGCUCUCUCCAUUGAGGGGCUCUGUGUCCUGGACUGGGAAGCCAGUUUCCUACUACCUGCAUACCAUAGACCGCACUAUACUUGAAAACUAUUUUGCUAGUCUGAAAAAUCCUAAACUCAGGGAAGAGCAGGAAGCAGCUCGGCGGCGUCAGCAGAAGGACACGAAGGACAGUAAAAGCAAUAGCACCACGCCUACAAAACCUAAAGAACAAAACAAGCAGGACUCCUGCGGUGAAGACGAGCGUCCUCGCUUGGUGACCGUGGUCAAGCCCCCUGCCAAACCCCGAAGAGCCCGACUCCUGCCCAAAGUUCGCAAGUUGAACAACAAGAAACGUGGUCGACCCAAGAAGGCCGCCCCCGCUGUGGAGAAGCAAAACAAAAAGAACCAGAGUGCGCUGGAUCUGCUGCACGCCAAGACCCUCUCUGCAGCCCCCCCUCAGGAUGCUUACCGGCCCCCUCAGAGUCCGUUCUACCAGCUACCUCCCAAGGUCCAGCACUAUCCCUCCUCUCAACUGAUCCUGAGCCCCACUCCUCCCGGGCUGCAGCACCUGCUAGAUAACAUCAAAGUACAAUACCUCCAGUUUAUGACCCACAUGAAGACUCCUCAGUACCGCUCCAACCUGCAGGAGCUUUUAGAAGAGGAGAAGCAAAAGCACAGGGACCUGUCAGGGCAGGCGGAGCAGCUCCACUCUGUUUGUCAGACUCACAAGGACAAGAUCAAAGGUCUCUUUCAGACCAAACUAGACGAGCUGGGGGUGAAAGCCCUGACUGUGGAGGACCUGCUGCAAGCCCAGAAGGAGAUCUCAGCCCACAACCGUCAGCUGAAAGAGCAGACUAAGCAGCUGGAGAGAGACAUGGCCUUACUGAGAGACCAUAGCCUGCUUCUGCUGAAGUCUCGAUGUGAGGAGCUGAAGCUGGACUGGGGCUCUUUGUGUCUGGAGAAUUUGUUGAAGGAGAAGCAGGUGCUACGCAGACAAAUCUCUGAAAAGCAGAGACACUGCUUGGAGCUCCAGAUCAGCAUAGUGGAGCUGGAGAAAACUCAAAGGCAGCAGGAGUUGCUUCAGCUCAAAUCCUACAGCCCCUGUCACGGCUCCCCAUACAGAAAGAACCUGGAUUCCCGCUCUUCCAUGGACAUGGACCCCUCUAAGCACGGCCUGUGCUCGAUCCCGGCUUUUAACGGCGUCAGCAUGGAGAUCAACGGCACCAGCUUGCCCUGUUUUGACCGGACCAACACCAAGGGGGAACUUCUGUCUCGCUAUCUGCCAAUCUCUCCAUACCAUGAGAUAGCACCCGCCAUCUCUGAUGCCCGGCAGAGGCAGCUGAGUUCCUCCUACGCUCUUCCUGAUUACACACGCUUCUCCCCCGCCAAGAUUGCCUUGCGGAGGCACCUUAACCAGGACCCCAACGCUCACUUUAGAGGUCCAGGACUGAACAUGCACAGGGAAUUGGGAGGUGUUUACUCGCCACUGGGAGCAAAACUGAACUGUCCUUCUCCCAAUGCUUGUGAUGCCCAGAAUAAAGGCUUUGAGAGGGGCAAAGAGAGGAGCCCAUCUGUUCAGGGUGACAGCGGCAUUAAAAGCCUUCCAAUCAGUAUUCCUCUGAGCACGGUCCACCCGAGUAAACUACCGGUCAGCAUUCCUCUGGCCAGCGUGGUGCUGCCCAGUCGAGUUGAAAGACUGAGGAGUACUCCGAGUCCUGUAUCUCAGUCGGGUCAAACCAACGGAUAUUUAUCGGGCUCAGGGCUGAUGAAUGGCGGUCCCCACCCUGAGGACCAUAAUGGUGCUUCUUCAUCACCUUCGCAUCCCAACGCUCCCUUGACAGGACCAAUGGGACGGGGUGGUCCCAUCCAGAGCCCUCCACUGGGCACUGGGGGGGUGCUCCAGUAUGCAGACGGACCCCCUCGGAUUCUUCCGGAAGAUGGACAGGAUCGCCACGGAGGUGAAUCCGACACGGAGCCGCAGGACACUGAACUGCGGAGGAGAAUCUUCUUCUCUUCUUCCUCCUCUUCAUCCUCGUCUUCCUCUUCUUCGGGCAGCAGCAGCGCGGCCGGAGGAUUACGCCUCCACCAUCACACUGGCAACAAGCAGGGAUACCACAGUAACCAUGGAAACCACCACCACCAUCACCACCACCACCAGUCCCCCGGCACACAGCACACACACACACCCACACACACAUCGUCGUCACACUCCUCUCACGGCCUCGGUGCUCAGGAGGGCCGUAAGAGGGGGAGACGGAAACGCAACUCUACCGCGUCAGUCACGGCGGGGGGGUCCCCGAAGAGGAGGUCCUUCCCCGGGCUCGCCUCCAACCGCUCCUCAGGGUCUCCUCUCAACAUUAACUCCAUGGUGAACAACAUCAACCAGCCCCUGGAGAUCUCUGCCAUCUCCUCUCCAGAGCAGUCCAGCCGCAGCCCCACUGGGCCGGACAUGGACCAGCCCCCCGUCCUGAAGAGAGAGCGCCCCCUGGAGCUCAAAGGGGCCGGCCGGUACUCCUCGGCCCCCAGUUCUGACGACGACGACGACGACGACGACUCAGGAUACCCUGCCGACAGCUCCAGUUCACGAAUUGAAAGAAAAAUUGCCACUAUAUCUUUGGAGAGCAGAGAUGGACCUGGUAGAAUAGGGGACGGUGAAAGAGUCAGGAAGUCUGGUAGCAGCAGCGGUAACAGCACAGGAAGUGACGCCUCCUCUUCCUCCUCCUUGUCCUCCAACAGCAAGUGGAAAGCCACCUUCUCGCCCAUUUCUGACCCCAAGCAGCCUCACUCGGACCUGAGGCAGGGGGGCUCCCCCUUCGGCAUGGGGGGGUCGGGCCGGGGCACGGACUCAGAUUCAGACCACAAACAACAACAGCAUCAUCAGCAGGGGAGGAAAGGAGGUGAAGGAGAGUCGUCCAGCUACAUUAACCCCAACCCCUUCCUCAGUCAGGAGACAGGGCCCCGGGGUGGAGGCAGCGGCGGUGGGGGAGGGUCCCAGGGAGGAGGGGGAUCGGACCAACGCCAGAACCUCCAGAAACAGAAGGGCCCUCGAGACUGGGAGAUGAAGACGAGCAGCAGCAUGGCCAGUCAGAACCUCUUCAUAUCUGCCGCUGCCAGCAGUGGUGGAGGCAUCCUGAGUGGGAAGGUGGGGGGCGGUCCCGUAGCCAUUUCCUCCACCACAGGACCCUCUGUGGGCCAGUACCUGGGGUCUCAGUUCCCACUCGGAGGGGCCUCAGUCCUGCAGUCCUUGUUCGGGGCCCAGACGGGCGGAUCCACGGUGAGUGGGACACCGAGGCUCGUCAACGGAAACUCCGUCCUGGGAAGCUUCUCCAGUGCUGGGCUGGCAGGUGGAGCGGCUGGAGGUAUAUUUCACCAUGUGGGGCCCUCAGUGUCCUCCCAUCAGUUUGGGGUGAGGCUGCCUUCCUCUGGAGGCCUCGGCUCUCUGCUCAGUCUCUCUUCCUCCCCCUCCUCCCAAAUCCAGCAUCACACCACCCCCCAACAGGCCUCCACCCGCCUGGUGUUGUCCCCUCUCCCCCUCUCCCUGUCCCAUCACAUUCGCACCCAGUCGGUCCUGCACAGCGCCUCCCCCCCCACCCUCACCCUGCCUCCCCCUCCCCCCCUGCACAGCACCUCCUCCUCCUCCUCAGCAGCCGCCCACUCUGACGCCCCGCCUUCAUCUCGAUCCGACUCCUCCCGCCUGUCCCACCACCAGAGAGCCUCCAUCUCCUCCUCCCCCUAUGUCUCAGUCGCUGCUGCUUCCUCCCUCUCCUCUUCCUCCCUCUCCUCCUCUCGCCCAUUCGCAGUGCACUACCCCCCCCGGCUGCCUCCUCCACCUCAGGCCAGCAGCUCAGGUGGAGGCGGGGGCAUGUGGAGGACUCAGGGCACGCAUGGCACCUACACCACCUCCCAGCCUCCUGGCUCCAGACCUAGAUAGGGUUUGGGGGUGAGUGGAAGGGGGGAGGAUGGAGAGGGUAAGGGCAAAGGGCAAUCAGAGGAGGAGAGAAAGUGAGACUGAUAGGGAGUGAGAGAGACAGGAUACCUGUUCUAAAGCUGCCUUACGCUGUUGUUCUGAUUGAACAAGGUAAUUGUUGAAUACUACCUCAAAAUGAAAUAAACUAUGCAAAUGUCAGAGGUGUGGACCGAGACACUCUCCUCAUCACUGGUGCUUCAAAACGUCUGCACUACCCAACCGCCUCCAAGACCGGCUUCUGUACUGGGAUCUCACACACACACACACACACACACACACACACACACACAUACACACACACACACACACACACACACUGGGUGAACUGAGUCAUUAGGCUGUCUGCUUUUAAUUAAAGGUGCUUCAUAGUAUGACAGUGUCAGUUUUGUCUUGGUCACUUAUCAUAGCAACUAGCUAAAUAAUCUGUUUACUUAAGCUUUCUGAUCUGAAACUGAUCUGAUCUGUUCCCUCCAAAGUGUCACUUCCUCCGAGUGCACUCACACACACACUCGCACACGGACAGACACACACAGACCAGUUAAUUGAACUCAGAUGUCAUGCAGUGUUCCUGCUUGCACGCUCUCUUAUCUCUGUUUUCUUCCUUGGGUGAAAUUGUGUUGCAUACACCAACAUAUUUGAUAAUGAAUUUAAGUUAGGAACUUAGUAUUUUGGGUCUAACUUCACACUGGAUGGUAAGAUAAAGUUACUCAUGUAGCAGAAGAUGUGCUAGUCCAGCCUGGUUUGUUGACACCCCUUAAACUCUGCUAUUGUUCAUGAUUUACAACAUUUUUACGUUUUCUAAAAAUAUGAUGUACUGUUAAGUCUCUGUUUAAAAGCAAAGAAACACAGAACUAAUAUGCUAUUUCUUUGUUAUUAAGUUGAGAAAAUCCAAUUAAAUAAUUCUCAGGUGUGAUUAUCUUCAAUAUCAGAUAUUUAACAAAUCAGUGAAAGUUAUUUUUUUAUUAAAAUGUUUACUGUUGUGACUAAUCAAGCAUAUUAAGCUCAAUGAAUGUAAAAUAUGGACAUAUGAAGAUCCAUUCAUGUUUUGAAAUCUGAAAAAACGUAAGAUUUCAGCCUAGAUUUGGAAAUAUUGUGAACUAGCAACUCUUUAUUGGGUGGACUUAACGCUGAGCUGAGUACAUUUUCUUUAUUUUUUUAAAUAACCCAUGAUAUUUGAUUGAUAAAAUGGUGCUAUCUUGACAUUUUUAGCCACUUUCUGUAUUUAUUAACAUUUAUUCUCCUUAGUCAAUUUGGUAAGUUACACUACUUUGAGGGAACACAGCCUAAAACAGCAGAAAUGUUUGAACUCUUCUUAAGCUAAUCAUAUUCAUAUUUAUCUCUACUGUUGGGAAACGCAGGUUUAAGUGAUUGUUUAGGGCAUAAAAUGUGGACACAUGUUUUGUUUAACACUCGUGCAUGCAAAUCCUCACACACUGAGAAAACCAUAACCACAACAAACUACUGGACUCUCUUCACACCUUUUUUUUUGCUUUUUUUUUUAUUGUGUAAUUAGUUUUUUUGUAUAAAAAGAUUUGUACUGUGAAUGUGAUUCAUUCUCCGACUGUAUAGUUGUGUAUAAUUUAGAUUCUUAUAUUUAUGCUGUCGGCCUCCAUUUGCCUUGGUAUUGGUUUUAUUCUUCUUUUUGUUUUAUCCUGAAAUGUGUUGGCAUUUUAGAAUGCAAUGGUGCUUGACUCACAGUCUGAAAACUAUGGUGCUACAUUUGGACUGUAUCUGAUUAUUUAUUCUGUGGUGAAAACAUCAAAAACAAAUCGAAUACUUGGUGCUGUACACAGGGACACUUUUUUAGCCUUUUUCUGGCACUUUCUUUCUGAUAUUUAAUGUCUGGUUCUUGGAAUUCCUAAUGGAUAGCUGUAGACCCCAAUCCGACAGAACGACUCUGCAGCAGCUGCUCAGAGUGAACCGCUGUGAGGACGUUUCUCACGCCACAGUUUCAAACACAAGUCAGCCUCAGAGCGAGCUGCUUAUCUGUUAGUGAACAUACUCAAUGUUUCUGUGCAUAACUUUGGUUUUCCUUAUGAACAGAAAGGUAUACAAAAUAUGUAUCUAUAUACACAGUCUAAAUAUAUAUAUAUAUAUAUAUGUAUAUAUGUAUAUGUAUAUGUAUAUAUAUGAGUGAAAAGGGUUGUUUUGGCAUUGUGACCUUAAACUCAGCCUGUUAAACAGGAGGCUUGAAGCCAAUGAGAGAGGAGCUUUGACAUCACUGGACCUUGUGAUAGAAAUAGAAACUGAAAAGCUGUGCGUAUUUAAUGCAGACAAACAAAGGUGCUGUGGCUUAAACACGACUAGAUUUCACUUUUAUCAGAUGUUGUCACCUCUUGUUUAUUUUUAUUUUUACCAAUACAAUUUCUGCAGGAAAAAACGGUGCUUCUGUUUCCAAACAAUCGCAAUUCUGUUCUGAAAAACUUCACUGGUGCAUACAAAUCCUCAUGUCCACGUCUUACACAAACUGUCCGUCGCUAGAUAUCGCACUACACAAGGCCCUACCUUGUGAUGUGAGCAUAUUGUGUCAAUGGAAAGAUGUACAACUCUUGUGUUAGGAUGUAUGUGUAACACUUUGUUGGGAGUGAGAACAUCCAAGCUUCCCUUUUCUCUGAUAGUGGGAAAACACUUGGCUCAGUUUGUGUGUGCUUUUUGUCCCCACUCUCCGGUGCAUAUCUAAGGGAAGAUAAGAUUAAUAAUCAAAGCUUUAUUGUCCGCCUGUCCUGUGCACUCAAUGUGUUUCUCACCUGCGACUGUUUUAAAUAUAAAAGAAGAAAAAAUCAUUUUAGUGCAACAUUUAGAGACUAGUCCGUUUGUUACCAGCACUGAGAGGUAUUUUGUAAUUAUUGUUGAUGCUGUUUUGAUUUUCUUAUUCUUGGUGUUUGAUACAAUUGCAGUCACAUGUUAUGCUUUUAAUGGUGUCUUCAGAUUCCUGUCAGUUUGUAAUACUAUUUAGACCGACAGCACGGUGCUCUCCUUCACUUAAAACAAGGAAAUUGCAGCUAUUGAUAAAUACUACUCUCCUCCUGUUGUGCUGCAGGGUUUUAUGGUUUAAUAAUCUUCAACACGAGUUUACCAGAAAUGUUCUCGAAUCUGGAGUGUCUGCGUGAUGUAUGUGGAAGUGAGAACAGUUUAUGGAGACGGCAAAAAAUGUGCAAUCAUUACAGAUUUCAACCAGUUUUAUAGCUGCUUAUAUAAUCAGUCAAAGGGAUGAGGUGCUGUUAUUCAAGUCCUUUGGUGUAUGAGCAUGGUUUAAAUAAAAGCCUCUAUGCAGUUCUCCCGCAUGCUCCAUCCUGAUACAUUAUUAAUAAUCUGUGAGAGCUCUGCAGUGGAGGCUGUUUACUCUAAAUCCUGCCAAAGGUCGUAACUCAGGAACUUCCCACAUGGCUUGAAAUUAUGUAAACAAUUUUCUUAAAACUACUGCAUGUCAUAAACGUAUGCUCCAUCUCGUGGCAUGAUUGAGUCCUAUUUGUAACCAAACUCAGGACCAGGACAAUGCCUGAGUAAGCGAGGUAACAUUCAAACCUCAGAUUUAUUCUCGCUGUCACAUACAUCCAGCGCCUCCGGUUGAAUCCAGCUUUAUAAAGCUUUAGAAUCCAGAUGCUGUGAAAUGGCUUUCAGCAUCUUCCUCAUCUCACAAAUGCCUUUGUCUAAAUUUGUCAAACAAAAGAGGUUCACGGUCCUUUGUUGGGACUCUUCCCAUUGUUUGGUGGGCGGACAUGUGACAGGAUGUGUACAGCGAUGUCUGAUGGGUGCAGCCAGGGCAGGUUUGAGGUGCAAUAACGCAAACCUACUUCCCAAAAGGCCCUGCAUUUACAUGAGUUCUUACUGUUCGAUGUUGGUGCUUUUAUCCUAAGAUGUUAUAAUGAAAGAAAUGAAAAACAUGGUUCUUUUUUCUCCCCUGCGUUUUAUGAUUAUUAAUAAAAAUGUUUCUUCUAUUUGAAUUCA